AUGAGCAGCCCCGCGAAGCGCCGAAAGAAGAACGAUUACAAUGAUUCGGAGCAGCCGGUUCGCGGUCUAGAUUACUUCUUCGCGAAGCAGAAAGAGGCUGCAAAGGUUGUCACAGCUCCAAAAGCUUCGAAAGAGCCUAUGAAGGAUGCGCCAGGGCCGAGGGAAUUAGAUGGGUCUCCACUGACCGAUGAAGAGCUUGCAAGAAAGCUGCAAGAAGAGUGGAAUCAGGAGGAUAGGAUUAGGACUGCUGAACACUCCAAUGAUCUUUACGAAGACCCUGGAAAGCCUGUGACGACUGGCACUCUGGAAAUUCGGCCUGAAGAUACAGCCAAUAGGAUUUCUAAUGAACUAGACCCCCAAUCAGCCCCCAAUUUGGCCUCCAAUCUCGCACCACCGAAGCAGAAUAAUACGCUUUCCCUCCAAUCUACCACCGCAGAGGAAGACACCAUAUCCGCCAACGUCCCUUUCGACCAGAGUUCCCUCAAGUUUGAUCCAUCACAGCAUAUACCAGAUCUGCAAAAGCAUUGGGCGUCAGAAGGAGGCAAUGCCACCUAUGCCUUGUUGACGCGAUGCUUCGUCUUAGUCAACGGCACACAGAGCAGGAUAAAGAUUGUGGAUACAUUGGUAAACCUGUUACGGACGAUAAUUGAAGGCGACCCGGAGAGCUUGCUACCUGCGGUCUGGCUGGCGACAAACUCUAUCGCUCCCCCUUAUAUCGAUCUCGAACUGGGUCUUGGUGGCUCGGCGAUAUCGAAGGCGCUGAAGAAGGUUUGCGGACUGGAUAAUUUAGGAUUGAAGAAAUUAUACAACAAGUAUGGAGAUCCAGGGGAUGUGGCAUUUGAAGCGAAGAAGAAGCAAUCGUUCACUCUCCGGAAGCCCAAGCCUUUGACAAUCAAGAGUGUGUUCAAUUCGUUGAUCAAGAUUGCGAACAGCAAGGGCCACGGCAGUGUCGAGGCGAAGCAGAGAAUAGUGGAGCGGCUUGUUCAGGAUGCCAGAGGUGCCGAGGAAAGUCGGUAUAUUGUGAGAACUCUCGUACAGCAUCUUCGCAUCGGGGCUGUGAAGACUACGAUGCUCAUCGCCCUUUCACGCGCCUUCCUGCUUUCCAGGCCACCAAAUGCGGCGUUCGAGAUACGAGAUAAAAAAUCCCUCUCUGAGCUAAAGAAGGAAGACCUGGCAGAGCUUUACUCAAAGAACGAAGAAAUUGUCAAAGCUUGCUUUGCCCGGCGGCCAAAUUAUAAUGACCUGAUACCUACGCUGCUCGACAUUGGUGUCUGCGAGGAAUUGCUUCUACGCUGUGGACUAGCUUUGCAUAUCCCACUUCGGCCAAUGCUUGGUAGCAUUACCCGAGAUUUAGGAGAAAUGAUCACGAAACUACAAGGAAGAGACUUCAGCUGCGAAUUCAAAUAUGACGGCCAGAGAGCGCAAGUUCACUGCGAUGAAAAGGGAAUAGUCACCAUCUUUUCCCGCCACCUAGAAGUCAUGACAGAUAAGUACCCCGAUCUCGUCUCUCUUGUCCCGAAAUUCCGAGGAGAGGGAGUUUCUAGCUUCAUCCUCGAAGGGGAAGUUGUCGCUAUCGAUCGCGAAUCCGGGGAACUCAAGACUUUCCAAACGCUUGCCAACCGAGCCCGCAAGGACGUAGUCAUUGGGAGUGUAAAGAUCGACGUUUGUCUUUUCACGUUUGAUCUCAUGUACCUCAACGGUGAAGAACUGCUAGAUCGGCCAUUUAGGGAAAGAAGAGAACUUUUAAGGAACCUCUUUGUCGAAAUACCAAACCACUUUACUUGGGUUAAGAGCAUGGACGCGACUUCUGUCGACGUCGAAGCUGUUCAAUUAUUCUUCAAAAGCGCAACAGAGAUCAAGUGCGAAGGCAUUAUGGUCAAAGUCCUCGACAACCUGCCCAAUCCCGAGCUCGAAGCUCAACUUGACGCAGCAGAAGACACGCAGCCCACGGAACCCAUGACCCCGAAGAAAAAAGGUGAGAACUCUAAUUCCAAGUCCAAAACCCCCUCAACAGAGGCCGAGAAAGAUGUUUCCAAGCCCUCCCGCCGCAAAGCCCUCCUUGCAACCUACGAACCCGACAAACGCCUCGACUCAUGGCUCAAAGUUAAAAAGGAUUAUAACACAUCCGCUGACACGCUCGACCUAAUCCCGAUCGGCGGGUUUCACGGCAACGGCCGCAAAGCAAAAUGGUGGUCCCCUAUCCUCCUCGCCGUCCGUAACGCCGAAUCUGGGACCCUAGAAGCCGUCACAAAAUGUAUGUCCGGCUUCACUGACAAAUUUUACGCCGCCAACCGCGCCAAAUACGACAAAGAUGACCCCGAGAACGCAAACGUGCUACAAACUAAGCCCACCUAUGUGGAAUACAAUGGCGGAGGUGGUUGGCCAGAUGUCUGGUUCGAACCGCAGGAGGUUUGGGAAGUAGCGUUUGCGGACAUCACGCUUAGUCCGACAUAUACAGCGGCGAUUGGGCUAGUGAGUGAGGAGAGGGGGUUGAGUACUAGGUUCCCGAGGUUUUUGAAGGUCAGGGAGGAUAAGGGGAUUGAGGAGGCGACGGAAGCGGCGGAGUUGGCGGAGAUGUGGAGAAAGCAGGAGGGGAGGGCGCCGAGGAAGGAGGAGAGGAGAGUAGAAAGGGAAGAUGAUAGAGAGUGA